AUGAAGAGAUCAGGUUACAUGACGGGAGGCCCUCGAGGCGGCUCCUCAGGGAGCAAGGCCAAGUCGAGCCGUCCACCUUUCCCCGCGAGACAAAUGUUUGUUCUCGCUCUUUGCAGAAUCUGCGAACCGAUCGCUUUCAUGUCCAUCUUCCCAUACAUCUACCACAUGGUCCGCGACUUCCACAUCGCUGAAACCGACGAUCAAAUCGCCGUGUACGCCGGCAUGGUUACCUCUGCCUUCACCUUGGCUGAAUUCUCGACUGGGGUCAUGUGGGGAAGGCUCAGCGACAAGAUUGGGCGCAAACCAGUUCUCUUGAUGGGUCUCGCCGGUACUGCUCUCAGCUCUCUGGUCUUCGGCUUCGCACCCAAUCUGGCCGUUGCGCUCAUUGCGCGCGCUCUUGGUGGUCUGCUGAACGGCAACAUUGGUGUGUUGCAAACUACUGUUGCCGAGUUGGUCACUGUCAAGGAACACCAGCCUCGUGCAUACACCAUCAUGCCCUUAGUGUGGUGCCUUGGCUCCGUUGUUGGACCGAUGAUUGGCGGUGCGCUCGCCGAACCUUGUGUGAACCUUCCCAGCUUGUUCCCCAAGGGAACAAUCUGGGAGCGCUUCCCCUACCUUCUGCCUAACCUCUUCAGUGCCAUCACGGUCUUCUUCGGUGUCAUCAUCGGACUUUUGUUCUUGGAGGAGACGCACGCGGAGCGCAAGAAGAGGAGAGAUGCUGGUGUCGAGCUUGGAAAGCGCAUCUCUUCAUGGCUUUCGCUCGGCAGCUGCCAGAUCCCGGCGCGGAAGGCUGAGAAGCAGGCUUUGCUUGACGACGACGACCUCCCCGGAUACCGCACAAACGAGAACUCGCCUCAGCUUGUUGGAUCCUCUUCCGAGAUUCCUGAACUUACCGAAACUUUGGAUCUGAGCGCUGCCCCGUGUGAAGACAUUGAGCAGACUCCUGCUGAGCCAAGCAAGACUUUCACGCGGCCGGUUGUCUUGAACAUCAUUUCCUACGGCAUUCUGGCUUUCCACACAAUGACCUUCGAUCAGCUCUUCCCCGUUUUCCUCAGCACCGCCUCGCCCGAGCACAAGGAUAUCCACCUUCCUUUCAAGUUCGUCGACGGCUUCGGCAUGGAAACCGGCCAGAUUGGUGUCAUUCUCUCUGUGCAGGGCGUUUACUCGAUGAUCUCGACCGUCUUCAUUUUCCCCAUGGUCGUUCGACGCCUCGGACCCCUCCGCCUUUUCCGAAUGCUCGCUAUUUCGUACUUCAUGCUGUACAUGUUGACCCCAUACCUUGUCCUUCUGCCGAGCAACAUUCGAAUGGUUGGCAUUUACAUGAUGGUCAUCUGGAAGUGCACCUUCUCAACCAUGGCCUACCCCAGCAACGCUAUCCUCCUCACCAACUCCGCACCAAGCCUGCUCUCCCUUGGAACCAUCAAUGGCGUCGCCGCCUCUACGGCCAGCUUGUGCAGAGCCCUUGGCCCCACCGUUUCUGGCUUUCUCUACGCCUUGGGCCUCCGAAUCGGCUACUCUGGUCUCGCAUGGUGGACUAGCGGUGCGAUCACCAUCAUCGGAGCCGUUCUCAGCUUGUACGCCACCGAGCCCCGUGGACGUUUGGACGAGCCGACACAGGACAUCGAGACGGCCCUCGAGCCUACUGAGACCGAGGGACUUUUGCUCCCCCUGGACGACGACGAGGAGUACGAGGUUGAGGCCGGCCCCAGCUGCAGACGUUAA